AUGCUCCUCAGCAAGGUGCGCAAAAUUGUACCUCCGAUGCUGGAAAAGUUCCACAAAGGGCAGCUUGGUCGUGUAGCUGUCAUUGGGGGCUGCGCUGAUUACACUGGAGCUCCAUACUUCUCAGCCAUGGCCUCUGCAAGACUUGGCUGUGAUAUGAGCCAUGUUCUCUGCGAACGAUCCGCCGCAACGGUCAUUAAAGGCUACUCUCCUAAUUUGAUGGUACAUCCAUUGCUUCCAAGUAGCGACAGUGUCAGGGAUCCCAACUCAAUUGAUGCGCCGUCACUCGCGGGUCCGAUCAUCGGGAUGCUAUCUCGGCUACAUGUACUUGUUAUUGGGCCUGGCCUCGGCCGCGAUGGAGUGACGCUGAAGGUUGUCGCGGAAGUCAUUAAAGAAGCUCGAUCACAAUCGAUCCCAUUCGUAUUGGAUGCAGAUGGAUUGCUGAUCGUGGCGGAGAACCCGAGUCUGGUCAAAGGCUACAAGGACUGCAUUCUCACACCCAAUGUGGUGGAGUUUGGCCGUCUAGCCAAGGCGUUAGGUAUCAAGGUAGCCAGCCAGGCGGAGAUUGCAGGAAGUGGAACUGGCGACUCAACUAGCAAAGAAUCCGAUGCCUGCCAGCAGCUAUCUCACGCUCUUGGUGGUGUGACAAUUCUACAAAAGGGUCCUCAUGACGUUAUAUCAAAUGGGGUCACUAGUAUCAUUGCUGAUACCAAAGGUGGCUUGAAACGCAGCGGUGGUCAAGGAGACACUCUGACCGGAUCAUUGGGGACGUUCCUUGCUUGGCGCGCUGCUUACCAUGACAAGCUGUGGGACUCCGGAGAGAAGGAGAAUGAGAAGGAGGCACAGAGUAGAGAGGAAGUCCAGGCAGAGCUCAACUCUGAGAACAAGCGCAUGUCUCCAGCGACCACUCUGCUGCUGGCCGCUUGGGCAGGAAGUACCAUCACACGGGAGUGCUCGCGUCGGGCUUUUGAGGCCAAGGGCCGGAGCAUGCAGGCUAGCGAUCUGACUGAUGAAGUUCAUGGAGCAUUUUUGAGGCUGAUCGGGGAGCCAGAUGGAUCUAAAACGCAUCUCUAA